CGCGGGUACGAGCGGGUCAGGGAGGGGCCUCUGACCGCCGGGGCGGGACGGGCCCGGUGCUUCCAGGCCUGGAGCCGAGCCUGCUGCGCGGCGAGCUGGCGGCCCGGCCCGGCCCUGGGUCCCCUCGCUGGGCGGGAUGGGGGAAAACCGGCGUGGUUCGGGAUGAGUUUUCUGAACAACAGUCAGAGAAUCACGGUUGAUCUGACCGACUCUGGCCUGCCCCGGCUCCGGCAUAGCGGCCUGCAGUGCUGCAGCGGCCCCAGCCCCGAGUUUCCCUGUCAGCCAGGUGACUGCUCACACCAGGCUCAUGCCAGACAGUAAGAGGCACGUUUGAGAUUUAUUAGUAACACUAAAGAUUGGAUGUAGAGACUAAACUUCUUCCAGGUGUCCCUCUAAAACAUGUAUUUCUCCAUGUAAUCCUCCUGGUGGAAGACCAGCCAGGGUUCCCUUCCUGCUGUUCGUGCUGACUGGCUGCUUGGAGAGGUGGUGAAUGAGCGAACAUACUCUCGGUGAUGGUUCAAAUGUGGAAAUUGCCCUGGAUGUGGUUGCUGCUGCUGCUCUGGGAAAAUGCCUUGAUAGGGAAUUAACACCAUUCAGUGAUGGGCUGUGGGACAAGCAAAGUGCUUCCCGAGCCCCCCAAAGAUGUGCAGCUAGAUCUGGUGAAAAAAGUUGAACCUUACACAGGCCACAAUGACAUAUACAAGCAUUUCAUCAAGGAUGACUGCGGGAUCAAAGCUGGCUCUCCCUCACCUCUGCAGCACACUAACCCAUACCCUGGGAACCACUUGCCUGCCCACUUGGACCAGCCUGAGCCCCGCAAGAACAAAGUGGCUAAAUACCGUGCCAAGUUUGACCCCAGAGUGACAGCCAAGUAUGACAUUAAAGCCCUGAUCGGGAGAGGGAGUUUUAGCCGCGUGGUACGCGUGGAACACAAGGCCACCAAGCAGCCCUAUGCCAUCAAGAUGAUAGAGACCAAAUACCGGGAGGGGAGGGAAGUGUGUGAGUCAGAGCUUAGCGUGCUGCGCCGCGUUCGCCACACCAACAUCAUCCAGCUGAUUGAGGUGUUUGAGACCCAGGACCGUGUGUACAUGGUGAUGGAAUUGGCAACUGGAGGAGAACUGUUUGAUCGAAUCAUUGCUAAGGGCUCCUUCACCGAGAGAGAUGCUACACGCGUGCUGCAGAUGGUUUUGGAUGGUGUGAAGUAUCUGCAUACGCUGGGUAUCACGCACCGGGACUUAAAGCCGGAGAAUCUGCUGUAUUACCAUCCGGGAACAGAUUCCAAAAUCAUGAUUACGGACUUUGGACUGGCAAGUGCUCGGAAGAAGGGAGAUGACUGCCUGAUGAAAACCACUUGUGGGACCCCAGAGUACAUUGCUCCCGAGAUCCUCGUCAGGAAGCCGUACACGAACUCUGUGGACAUGUGGGCGCUGGGUGUCAUCUCCUACAUUCUCCUCAGUGGUACUAUGCCCUUUGAAGAUGACAACCGCACCCGCUUGUAUCGGCAGAUCCUGAAAGGAAAAUACAGUUACUCAGGCGAGCCCUGGCCCAGUGUUUCCAAUCUGGCCAAGGAUUUCAUUGAUCGUCUACUCACGGUGGACCCCAGUGACAGGAUGACAGCCCUUCAGGCGCUGAAGCACCCGUGGGUGGUCAGCAUGGCAGCCUCUUCCUCCAUGAAGAACCUACACCGUUCCAUCUCACAGAACCUUCUCAAGAGGGCGUCUUCCCGCUGCCAGAGCACCAAGUCUGCCCAGUCCACCCGCUCCAGCCGCUCCACCAAAUCCAACAAGUCACGGCGGGUUCGGGAACGGGAGCUGCGCGAGCUCAACCUGCGCUACCAGCAGCAGUACACAGGCUGAGGACUGGGCUGGGACCUGCCAGGCAUCUUCACAUAUGUCUUCUCUGCAGUGUAGGUGUGCAACAUCCACACACUCAAUGAGGAACAUCUAGGUUCCUCCUUCUCUCCCUCCAAGUGUCCCCCUCAUCUGUGAGGAGGUGUCCUUGCCAUGAGGAACCUCGUGAUGGCUAUUACCCUGCAAGCUGUGCCACCGGGGUCUCGUGUCUGAAACGGGGGAGCCCUUGUGGGCUCAGAGCACAACUCAGAGUUUCGAGUAAUACACAAAUUAAGGAGCCAUGUGGGGACAAAAGCUCUUUCUGUAGCCCAGGAGCUUGGUUGUUCAUAGUUAUUUAUUAAUUCCAGAGCGUUAAGCUUCUCUCACUUGCAUAUGAAAAGAGAAGGAAUCACUUUAAGUGGAUGUGUAUCUGGUUUGAAAAUGAUACAGGCACAGAGUUGGAGCAGGUUUAGUCAGAUCUGUGGUGCCUUCGUAGUAAGGCUGGUAUGAAUCAUAGCAUCAGAAGUAGGAUAGCUCUGACUCACUGGCAUGCUGCCCACCAGCUCCUUGCUGAAGUGAUGCCAGUUUUCCAGGAUGGCUGGGAAGCUGUGAGGUUUCCCCAAGGGAUGCCAUCUGCCUCACGGCAUCGGGGGAUUACUGGAGCUGCACCAGAGCUGCUGUGCAAUUUGGGAACAAGGCUGAAGUGCUGCGGGCUCAGAGCUAGGAGUCUGGUUCCUUUGAUAUGGACUGGGGGGUGCUUCUGAUGGAAGGGUGGGAAGAUGAUUAUCAUCCUGUGGGAACUUCAUGGUACGCAAAGAGAUGUCUUUGGCAAGGCAGGUUUUUUUGGGGUUCCUUGCUGUCCCCCUUGAAUUAUCCUUCCCUUAUUUGCAUCAAGACCAGUGCCUCCCAGGCAGGGUUUGUUCUUGCCAUGACCUGCCCCUGUCAUAUGUGGUUUUUGCCCUUCAGACCAGCAUUGCCAACCAUGUCACUUCACCAAAGCUUUGGUGGUUCCAGGUCUUGCCCCCUGUCUGCAGGUUUUACAGGGCUCCCCUGCUUUCAUGCCUGCUCUGCCCUGGUACUGCCAUCCCUGCUCUGGGACAGUGAAGUGAUGGUGGGAGAUGUUGGAAUAGCCACAGAUGGCUCCAAUAGCAUCAGGGUAGGGCUUGAGUAGUGGAGGCCCAAUCCUGGAGUGUCAGCAGUGACAAUACCCUGGAGACAUUGCACGAACACUUUAGAGCUGCUAGGGGUGACUUAAAUUCAACAGGAAAAAGCUGCCUUUUAGUUUUCUUGUGCUGGAUGGGUGCUGUGGGGGCUUCUUGUGAAGGACCUCGCAGGGGAGGUGGGAGCUUUAGAGCUGAGCUUUGUGCAAGGCUGCUGAGAUACCUUUCAAAGUAGUUAGAGCAGCACAGUGGGGCUGAUAGCACAGUGUCAGGGUGGAUUUGGCCUCUUGUGGUAGCAGAGAAAAGACCUGCAGUGAAGGAGAAUGUUGGGCUUGGAAACUUUUCAUACGAAGCCCUACGGUUUGCUUUAUGCUGUGCACUUGGGAAGUGCUUGCUUGGCUCUGAGUUGGAAAUGCGGGCUAUGCAAGCUCAAGAGCUGGUGAGCGUGGCCUUUCCACCCAAGACUGAUGUCUGUGCCACCACGUUUUACUGUCAGCAAGGUUUUAAGUGGUCGGUCACAUCUCCAGGGAGCUCCAACUGCAAAGCAGCGCAGCUUCAGUGGGAGAAGAUUGAGUUUUCUGUGCUAAGAUUGGCUAUAACCACUGUGAGCACAGCCUGGUGUGCCCAGGCAUGUGAUGGGGGAUACAGCAGAGGGCACCUGAGGACAGGAGGUGUGUGUAACAGGGGUGAAUUCCAAAUCCUUUGCAUGGUUUUGCAUAUUAUUCUGAGAACUCUGCAUCCUUUGCAGGCUGCCAUUUCUCUGAGUAGCCAUCCUACGCGUGGUCUUUCUGCCAUCAGCUUUAGCAGAUACCACAGAAUUACCAAAAAUUGGGGUUUUUUUCAGCUCUGUGGAUUGCAACAAAAAGUUACUUCAGCUUCUUUUACCUUCUCACAUAGUUUUUUCCUGGUUCAUUAUCAUGAACUAUAAGCUGGAUGUGAUUUCUGAUGUCUGACAAAAGAGUCAGCUUGCCUUGUCUUGCUUCAUAACAAUUCAGUGCCCCUCAGAUGACUCUCCAAAAGCAGCAACCGUGCUACGACAAGUAGCAAAUGGAAAAUUUUUCUUUCCCUGUAUGUUGAGAGAUGACAGGAUGCUCUCGGAGGGCUUCUGGCUUUGAGCUCAUAGGAGUCUUAGAGCAUCACGCAGGCACUGUGCUCUCUUUUACCUCCUGGGUGCUCUCAUGGCCCUCCCCAGGUUAUCUUGCACCGUGUUUAGCCUUAAAAUAGGUGUUUUGCCUGUGGAGGUCAAAGUGAUGAACUGAGCCAAGACCUCUAUAACCUGAGACCCUUCCCUUUGACCACUAGGCCAUCAAAAUGCACAGGCGUCAUGCAGAUGUCUAUCCAUACUGGUCCUUCAUGUGUUCUCUUGUGGGGUGGCAUCCAUGAAGAUGGAGAGGAGGUCAGGAUGUUGAGCUCUGCUUUGACCAGGCUUGUUUCUUCACCUUCACAAAACAGAACAAGAAUCUUCCCGUCUGUGACAAUUUUUGGUUUGUUGCUCUUUUCAGCAGUUGGCGGAAGGAGUAGUUCAGAGUGAUGUUGCUUGAGGUGAUUUUGGUGUGGAAUAUGUUUUGGGAAGAAAGAUGUUGCUACAUAGGUUACUGACAGUGUCAGUUUUCUGUGAUGAUGGUCUAGGACUGGGAGGUGAAUUGGCAGAAAGGAGGAUCCUUCACCUACAGGAGCAAUACUGGAGAGCUGCAAUCCACCUCCUUGAGGUGUGGAGAUGUUUGUGGUCCUCAGGCGUCCCGCUGCUAGGGAAUUGCACCAAAGAGAACCAAGACUAUCCCAUAAGGGUCUUUAGCUUUUUUAUAAAGAUAACUCUUAAUUCUCUUCACAAAUGCAAUGUUUUCUUGUUUGCAUGGAAAAAUCAGUAUAAACAUGGGGAAAAUCUGUAUGGGCUUUCCUUAGAUCAUUUUAUUGUAACACUCUUGGGUCAAUCCCUUUUCUUUUCCUAAAUUCAGUAUUUGCAGGACCUCUUGUACCCAGACAAUGACAUGUGUGGGCAGAGGGGCACUAGCAGAGCUCCGUCCAAGUGACCCUUGGAGCCCUUGGUGAUCUUUCUGUUUUCACUCUAUCUGGAAAGCUGGGGUGGUCCAAAUGCUGUGUUGCACGAUCCAGCUUAAGAGAAAUUCCUCGGGUGCUUUUAUCCUUGCAGACGUGGCACAUUUUCAGCUGGAUCUGGAGGGCGGGAGGGGCGCGUGCACAGGCAAAGUGCUGUGAUUUUGAGCCGUAGUUAAGUGCCUUCAAUCUUCUUCUAAGCAGCUCUUCACUGUGAAUUACCUUGAUCAUCUGUCUUCCAUAUAUAUUCCACAGGAGCAUCUCAGUGCUCGGUUUAUCUCAAGUCUCAGGAGUUUACACUUUUCAGGAGUGCCUUGUUUGGGGAUUUUAGAAGCUAAAUCUCUCUGAUGUUUUUUUUUUCCUGCUCUUCCAUUAAUUUUUAAAUCUCCUUGUUUGGCUCUGAAUGGUGGUUCUAAUUUGACUGGCAGGGUUUUUGGGAAGACUUCCUCUGCUACUGAAUUAGCUGUGAGGAGGCAGGUAACAAACGCAUGUUCCAGCCCCUUGCUGAAUUGCAGCUUCAUAUUAGCUGGGGUGCAGAACUCCCGAGUGCUUUUGUUCAUGCAAUGAAAAUGAUGCUGGAAUGACACCUAGUGGCAAAUUGUAGUGUGUCCAUGUACAGCCCUCUCCUGGUUUCCUGCCCACUGUUCCUGGGUGAGAUGCUCUUACAAAGAGGAAUCUGGGUUUGGAGCGAUGCUCAUGGACCACACCUGCAGUCCUCAUGUUCAGCAACCUUCGCAGCAUGGCACCAUUUUAUCCUAUAGUGAUCCUGAAGAGCAAUUAGACAACAUAGGGAUGAGCACAUGCACCCACUGGAACGUAUCAACCCCCCAGCGUCUCAAGGAGCUGCUUACCAGCACCCUGCCUUGGGGAGGCAUCUUGGGGGACACUGGGAGAAAGCAAAACCUAAAGACACCGAGGCUGGAAACAUUAGGUUUGGGACUUUCUCCCAUCAUGAGAUACAAUGGAGCAGCUCAGGGUGUUGCUUUCCAGCAUAUUCUGUUUCAGGGGAAUGCAGUUGUAAGGAGUAAAGGGAAUGGCAGUUGGUUGUCGUUUGGAACUUAGCAGUACUGUGUAAAACAUCCCCAUAGUUUUGUCCUAGGAGUUUGGCUGCUUUCUUGGGGGAGAAAUUUAUGGCUUCAAAGCAUGUGGCCUGUCAGUUCCCUGUUUUUUUAUACUUUUUUUUAAGGGUUAUUGGAAAGGAACAUGAAAAGGUCUUCCAGAAAGAACAUGAGGUGGUUUGCAGACUUACAUUGAGAUUUUGAAUACAUCAUAUAUUUUUCUAUGCAUUUUGCUAAAACAGCAGUUACUUGUCCAUGUUUGAUUUACUUCUCACCCUUCUCAGGCUUCUAGAAACCUAACAUGUCAACCCAGUGGUGGUAGAAACCUCCCUUCCUUCAACCCAGAAGAAGUCCGUGCUUUUUAACACUGAGGUUGUGAGCAUCCAGAGGCUCCUGCCAGUCCCUGGACUGCAUUGUUCUUGGAAAUGCACAACUGUAUGUAAAGGCUUUAUAGCCAUGACAGGAGUGUAAGCACUGACAAAAGGGGUCUGACCUGGCUUUGGUAGUGAUGUGGAAACCAGCUGCAGAGUAGGGACUGUGUUACAGAUUUAUGUUGGAAAUGAUAAACCUUCAAACUGUUAACUUCUUUGGAAUUUGGUUAUUUUCUUCUUAUAGUCAGAUGUCUUCUGCUUUGUUAAUUUACUGCUCAAUUUCUCAAUCCUGUUUUCUACGUGGGUGUUUGGCUGAAGUACUAAUACAGUCAACUUUGAUGCAGUGCACAAACUGGAAUAGGAGGCGUGGGCAGUGUGACCACUUGGCAGCAGCUCUGGAUUUGGCUCUGUAGGAGCCGUGGUGAGUCCUGGAGCGAGAUAAAAGCAGCUGUACAGUGUCCUGCAGGUGUGAGAAGGCUCCCUUUGGGGGCCCUACAGUGCAGGCUUAGCAAAAGAUGGUCUUGUACAACACAGGACAACUAGUGUGUGGCUGUUGACAAGCCUCUUAUUAGACUACAUGGGACCAUAUUCUUAUUUUAAGUGGGGAUACUAAAGAUUUGGAGGGUUUCAGGUGGGUUAAAUUAAAAUCUCAAUUGUUUGACUUAAUUCAGUUUUCUAAAUGAAACACAGAGAUUGGCUUUUUUGGAGGGAUCACACCCUCUGGAGGAGCUGGCAACCUGUUGUCUGGCACCAGUGGGAGCCCUGGGAUUUGCAGGGAGGGUGGUUCUGUUCUGGCCUCUCACCAGCUUGGCUUCAUCCUGGAAAAUACCACAAAGUGCCUGUGCCACGCAGUGCCAGGCGCCAAGUUGCCUACACCCCUCUGGGGAGGUUUUUGGUGCUUUUUUUGACCGCUCAGUCUCCUCUUUGAGCCUGGAUGAAGAUCAUAGCUCCUGGGUGCUCCAGAGGCAGGUGCCUGCAUGUCACUUGUGCCUUACUGUGCAGUAGAUUUGCCACAAAAAGAAAUGUGAAGCAGCAGGAUGCGUGGUGGCAAUGGCAUCAUGGAGCUUGGUACCUUCCACCCUCAGUGUCCCAGUGGCGGAGGGACAUCAGGAGGCAGCUCUGCCUGCCUGAUGGCAGUUCUUUCUUCUCUCACUGUCCUCCCCUGCAUGGUGAUUCCAUGGGUCUCUUGUGUGUGACGUGACUGUUGCACUGCGUUUGUCUACUGAAUGUGGAUGAGCUCUGCGGCCGUGGCCAGGCGGGUUGGGAAUGCGUAGCUCCUGCGUGGAUGCCCAGAUGCCAUGAGUUUUCCUGUUGCCUUUCACUACGGAAAGACACCUCCCAGGACACUGUUGGGGCUGGAGAUCUGCCAUGACUUACUGUUAUUUUUGGUUGCUGAAUUUCCAGUGCUGGCUUGGAACGGUUUGGAAGUAAUUCUGGUCGCAUCCCGUUCAUCUCCUUACAGGGCUUUUUCAAGAACCAUCCAGUUCUGUGACUUGCCUUUUGAGUCUUUACCCUGAAAACUGUCUUGUUAGGAUGAGGUCUGAACCUUUGUAAUUAGUCUGUAACAUUACCGUUAGAGUGUACAGAAUUAUUUAUUUUGUGUACUCAGUCUGCUAAACAUGGAAGUGUAUCUGUGUACCCCA